AUGAGCGUUCGCCGGUGGUCCUAUAUCGCGAAUAGCAGGGUACGCAGACGCGCGCACCCGCUGCUCAUGGUAUGUGUGGAUGCGGUCGAGGGCUGUCUUGAAGUCGUCGAGGAUGACGGUGUUGCAGAGGCAUUGGAAGAUGAAGGAGAGCUAGGGCGCGAGGGAUGCUGCGGCGCUGCGAAUUACACCAAUGACACUGCAUGUGUCGAUAAUGAUGAACAAGGUCGAGACACACAUCGCAGCCAGCAUGAUGCCGAAUCGCGGGCUGACGGUGACCAGCUCGACGAUGCCGAAGCUGUACCCGCGUUUGAUGGUGUAGAACAGAGAGCAGGUUGUGAAUAUCCACCACGGGUCACUUUGAUGCGAUUAGCACAGUGCUCCGUCCUUCUCGGUCGUCCGAUCCUCAAAACUACAGGAAUUGGGACAGGAACUGCAGGACUCGGUGUCAUAACGAACCGGAAGAACGGUUCCAUUGGCCGCGUCACCUCGAAUACGCGGUUGAUAUUGUUGAAAUAUGCAAAGUUGGCAUAG